CUUCUGAAAAUAUUUGACCCACAAAUUCAGUGUGUUAAAACAAAAUUCCUUGCCAUGCCUGUAUGUAACAUUGGGACAGCAGAGAACCUGUUCAAUGCUAUUGACACAGUAUUUAGGUAAGUUUUAAAGCUUUUAUUUCUGUUUAAUUUUAAAUAUUUUUUAAUAUUUUAAGUGUAAAUUUUUAAAUGCACAUGCUAUAAAAGCACAAAGCCUUGAUGCUACUUACAUCAUGUAAUGCAACUUAUUAUGAAAUAUCGAUUUGUUUUACAGAGACAGAGGUAUUCCUUGGUCUAAUUGCGUUGGGUUUGGUAGUGACAACUGUAAUGUGAUGAUUGGGAACAACAAAAGUCUUCUGACCAAAAUCCGUGAGAAGAAUCCUGACAUCAUUAAUGUGGGCUGUGUUUGCCAUCUAGCUAACCUGUGUGUCUAGGCAGCCGCAAAGACUCUUCCAGUAGCUGUAGAAGAGAUACUCAUAGACAUCUUCUUCCACUUUCACCAUAGUGCCAAGCGGAAGAAGAUCUAUAAAGAGUUCCAAGAAUUCACUGACACAGAGCCAAUGAAGAUAGUCAAACACUGUGCCACCCGCUGGCUUAGCCUUGAGAAGUGUGUAAAGAGGGUACUACAGCAAUGGCCAGCCCUCUGUAGCUACUUCCAACCCCACGAGGACAAUGAGAAACCUGGCAGGGUAAAACGCAUUGCCGAUAGCCUGACAGACCCCCUGACAUGGCUGAUCUUCUCCUAUCUAGAUCAUAUCAUUCCCCUGAUGACAGACUUCAAUACAGCAUUCCAGGCUGGAGCUCCUAUGGUUGGUCACCUUCACACAGAGAUGCAACGUCUUAUGAGGAAGCUUCUAGGAAAGUUUGUUACCUCGCAGACUAUCAUAGCAGCCAGGGACGUUACUACCAUUUCUUUCGAAACUGAAGAGGUGCAACAUCCCAAUGACAACAUUGCCAUAGGUUUAAGGACACGAGAGUACAUCAAGGACAAUGAGGACACCAUACCCCAAGAAACCAUAGCAAAAUUUUAUCAGCAUGUGCGUCUAUUCUACAUUACUCUGACAUCUUCUCUAGUGAAAAAAUUCCCUUUCAAAGAUGACAUACUAAAGACCUUGUCCUUACUUAAUCCAGAGACUAGAGACAAGGCAUCCCCUGAAGCUGUGGUGCAGCUAGGGAAGAGGGUCCUUCCUGACAUAGACAUUGGUAAGCUUCAAGAAGAAGCAGAAGAGUACAAUGUAACACCAAUAGAGUCACUCCCCCCUUAUCGUGAGGCUAUCGUUUCAAAAGUACCAGAUGUUGAAACAAUGGAGGAGGUAACAGAGGCAUCCCUACUGUCAUUCUGGGUAAAAAUGAGAAACAGAACUCUUCCUGGAAGAGCCCAGAAGCAGUUCAGUGUGCUAGGUGGUGUUGCCUUGGCUUGUUUGACAAUUCCCCAUUCAAAUGCUGACCUUGAACGAUGUUUCAGUAUCCUUAGAAAAAUCCAAACUGACUCAAGACAUAAACUUUCAACUGAAACGAUCCAUAGUUUGAUAAGUGUCAAGUUUAACGAACACCACAGCUGUGUGGAAUAUAAUUAUACCAUCAGUUGAAUCAGUAAGAAAGAGUAAGAACUGUUCGAAUUGAAAGACAUCUAGAUCUAUGUGGAUAAACUGAAAAGUGCUAAUCAAUUAAAUUAGUGAAAAGUAGUGGACAAUGACAGUUUUGAGUAAAAGAUAUAAUAUGCAAGUGGAUUAUGUUCUUUUGAAUUUAUUUUUCACUUAACAGAAAAUUAUAUGCCAUGAAUGACAUUCUCAUUUGUUGAAUUUAUUUUGCAGUUAACAGAAAAUUAUUUAUAAUGAAAUAAAGUGUGAAAAUAACAAUGUUUUGUGCAUAUUUAUGAUUACGAGUGAUUUACACCCGCUUGAACCAAAAUCCCCCUAUUUUUGGUCAAAUCCCCUGCUUUUUAAAGCCAAAUCCCCCUAUCUGGGUGUCUGGAAAUAUGGCAUGUAUGUCUUGAAUCACAUUAUGAUACUUCGUUAGUAUGUCUGGAUUGUUUUUCAUAGUGACAAGUCAAGUGACUUGGUAUCUGCCGUUUUCAUACUUAAGCGUUCUAGUAAAGUCUUCCCUGACUAGAUCGUCUUCUUUUUGUGACUCUAUAUCUACAAUUCCAAUAGUUUCAAUGUUUCAAAAGUCUUCUAGUUCUGUCUUUGGUGAUAGUACAUUAUCUACAGUAGUAAAUGCAUUUGAACUGUUCUGUUUACUGCCAUAUGUUAGAAUGAGCAAAUGAUUGUCAUUUGAAUCAUCGUAUGUGUCCUUUAUUCUACCACUUAGUAUCCAUCCAAACUUAGACGAAAGCAAAUAAAGUCCAUUUUGAAGUUCUAAUUUUUCACCAUUUACAAAGUCUAGGUAGUAGUCGUUUCCAAUCAAGAACUCAAUUGAUGAAGAUUCACUUUCUUUUGGCAUGGUGUCCGCCAAUUGUACAGUUGAUAGAAUACCAUUCACUUUAUCUG